AUCCCUAUUCCCUUGUUUGUUCAAAACCCCCUGGUCCCUCCACUCCUCACUCUGCAAGUGCACGAUGACGGACCGUGAUCGAACUCGUGAGCGUGAGCGUGACCGAGACCGAGACCGAGAUCGUGAGCGUGAGCGUGACCGAGACAGAGAUCGGAAACGUGACCGGAGAGAUACCCCUGACCAUAUCAGAACCACCAGUCGACACAGUCGCUCACACACUCGUUCCCCUUCCACUGACCGUCACCGUCGCCGUCACCGUUCUACUUCUCGUUCCCGUUCUCCCACUCACCGUCACCACCGUCACCGUCAUCACCGUAGUCCCUCACCUGAAACUCCUCCUAGAAAAAGACACAAAGAUGAUAGACAAGUUGAGGAUUUCGUGGACGGAAUAGCAAAAGAACAACAGAAAAAGAAGAAGAACAAGGAGGAUGGGAAUGACGAAGAGAUGAUGGAUGAGGAUGAGAUGGAGAUGAUGAAGAAAUUUGGGAUACCAACAGGGUUUGAUUCUACUAAAGGGAAGCCAGUAGCAGGGAAUGAUGUAGGUGCUGUUAGAAAAGUCACUAAAAGGCAACCUCGACAGUAUAUGAAUCGACGUGGUGGGUUUAAUAGGCCUUUGCCUGCUGAGCUCAAUCGCUGACUUUUUCCAGAUGGAAAUGCGUUUUCCGCCAAGUGUCUUAUAUGAUUGUGUCCCUUUGUCCAAGUAAUGUAGACAAUGUAAGAUCCUUUCUAAUGUCUGUUUAGGUAGUAAUGUACUAUUUUUCUCAAAGCUUCAUGAUAAUAGGACUUCAAUGAUGGAGCACAGUUUCACAGUUUGCCGCAGCUUGCACAGACAAGCAGUAACAGAUGCACUGAAUCGUCACUUCAGGGCCCUGCCAAAUAGUUUACUGGUUAAUCAAGUGCUCACCCUCCCUUUAAAGCAGUCAUCCUUAAUCACCAUAUGUUAUCUCAUUGAGGUUACUGAUGCUAACAUGCAUUUGGGCCAUCACAUCUUGUGUUUUGUGUUCUCAGAUCUCUCCUGUAUGAAAGGCACUUCUUCAUAGAUCAGCUUACAUUUGGAUUCGGCUAUACUGUUGCUCGCUAUGCGCUUGGUCUGUGCACUAAAGUCUUGUAUUGAUCCCUUUCCUAAUACCUUUUGUUGAUAUUCGUCCUCUUGGUUCCAA